UUUUUCCUUACGUCAUCGAAAUAAACAGAAGGAAACUUAACCUAUUAUGUUGCGGGCGAGUGUCGCACAGUGCCGAAUAAGAAUAAGAACAAUGACUACCUUGCGUCUGGCAUUGGUGCAGCUGUCCGUUGGUGAUGAUAAGGCAACAAACGUCUCGCGAGCCGUUUCUUUCAUCGAACGCGCGAAACAGGAGCGAGCCGACAUCGUGACACUGCCCGAGUGUUUCAAUUCGCCAUAUGGAACAUCUCAUUUUGCUCGAUAUGCCGAGAGCAUUCCAGACGGUGAGACGAGCGCGGCGUUGUCCGAGGCGGCAAGAAAGAACAAUGUCUAUGUGAUUGGUGGUACAAUACCGGAGAGAAACAACGACAAGUUAUAUAACACUUGCACCGUAUGGGGACCAGAUGGGAAACUCAUAGCUAUGCAUAGGAAGAUGCAUUUAUUCAACAUUGACAUUAAAGGAAAAAUUACUUUUCGCGAGAGUGACUCCCUAUCCGCCGGCAAUUCCCUUACUAUUUUUGAAGCGAAAGGUUGUAAAAUCGGUAUUGGCAUUUGCUACGAUAUUAGAUUUGAAGAAAUGGCGCGAUUAUAUAGAAACAAAGGUUGUCAGAUGCUGGUGUAUCCGGCGGCAUUCAACAUGACCACUGGCCCGCUCCAUUGGUCACUGCUACAGCGUGCCAGAGCAAACGACAAUCAAUUAUAUGUAGCCUGUGUGUCGCCGGCACGUGGCUCGCCGCCUGAAUACGUUGCUUGGGGGCAUACUCAGUUAACCAAUCCUUGGGGAGAAAUACUUGGCGAGCUGGAUGCCGUCGAGGAUAUGAUAGUCUCUGAUAUAGAUUUAAAAAUUGUGGAUGAAGUCAGAGAGCAAAUCCCGAUCUUUAAUCAACGUCGUACAGACCUAUAUGACACUAUUUGGAAGAAAGAAAAUUAGGAAGAUAUGACGAUGAUAAUACUCAUACGUCAUUAAGUAAUUGCUCGCAUGUAUUAUUAUAGGCAAUCCUAUAUAAUGAUUAACUAUUUAUGGGUAAGGGCUUUUAAUUUUACAUUCUCGAAUAUUUUAUAUAUAGAUAAAUAUUUUGUAUCUGUAUGUGUUUUAAAGCACAUGCGAUACGAUAUUGUAAAUAUAAUUGCCGGCAAAAAUCUUAUGAAUAAACUUUAUAUUAUUUGA